AUGGAUUAUAAUAAGUACGAAACAUAUUUAGCCGAUGAUUUGUCUACCAAACUUGUUGUUCAGGACCAUACUGCCGAUGGCUAUAGGGUAUUUGAUUCUUUUGAUGAGUUCUGGGAUUUUAGUGAUAAUACCCCUCCACACUUACGGUGUUUCUCUGAAGUAGUGUUUGAGGAUACGCCCCAGACUCCCAUGGUACACGUAGGGAUUUCUUCUCGUUCUAAAAUGCCUAAAAAAAAGAUAGUUGGUACUAUUGAGUCUGUUAUUACUAGCAUGCUAGAGGUUUUCCAUACUAGUUAUCACAACACGAAAAAUGUCCCUAUUUCACCAAAGGACUUGGUAGUUAUGGAUGAAUGUGGUCUUUCUUCUCACGGAUUCUGGAUUUACUCUUUUCAUAUACUAGCUCCUUCAUUUUCUUUUUCCGGAUACCAAGAAGCAUCUAUUUUUCUUGAUAACUUGGCCUUACGUGUACCAAAAAAGAUUCGACAGUACUUGUUUCUCCCUUGUAGCCCUCCUACUCAGUAUAUCCGUAUCCUUGACUCUACAUUUCCAGAUGACGCUAGAAACAAAAAAAUUUCAUCAUAUAGCCGUUACUUAGGGACUGCUACUGAUAUUCCCCGGAAUGGACUAUUUGUUAACCAUUUUCCGGACUUAAAGGUUGAUAGCGUUUCACAAACAACUAGUGAGAACUAUUGUAAUAACAUUUCCGAAAAAACAAAUGAACCUAUCCAAGCUGAUGAGGUUGAUGAUCCACAACUCGCUGUUAUGCAACAACAUGUCCUUCCCCACCAAUUUACCCACAGCGACUCUGUUGCGAAUGGUAAUGAUUGCUCUGUUAGCUUCGUCUAUUCUAAGGAUGCGAUUGAUGAAAAUAUUCCGGAGAUUGUUAACUCUCUAGAAAAGGACAACCACGAAAACACUGUUACAAAUGAGAUUGAUAGGGACAACUUUAACGAGGAUAGCAUUCCCGAAACUGAAGAAGAUGUUAUCUCAUCUAUCAUUGAAACACGAAGUAUUGGACACGACAUGCCAAUUUCCGACAAAACUGAUACAUCAGUUAACGAUAAUGUUCACGGGAUAGAAGCGAAUAUUACUCCGGUUAACUUAUCCAACACCGAAACACAACUUGUUGAGUGUGACACUAUGAUAUCCAAGGGAUACUGUGUAUCUAUUUGGGACAUGUGCUGGGCUAUUACUGACAUUAUUUAUGCAGAAUCGCAAUUUGCUGAACAUAGCCCAUUAAUAACAAUUCAAAACAGUACAGAUACACUAGUCCUAAAGGGACUACCAAAGGUGCAAAGCACUGCCCUCCAGACAUUUAAUAGUAAUAUGUGUGAUAGUAUUAAUUCCGUUGAUCUACCUGACACAUGUUCACAGGAUAUUAUAUAUGAUAUGGCGACUCUGUUAAGAACAGAAGUUAAUAAAGAAGAGUUUUCAGAUGUACAUACCAACGCACCGACUAUGGAAAAAGAAUACAUUAAGGAUAUUCCUUCAGGACAUGUGGUUCAUCUACAAGAUCAUAACAUCUACCCGUUGAUAAAAUUUCUAUUAUGUUCUUUAGUUAUAGCAGAGCAAAUAAGACGAAUUGAAAAUUUUGUUAAGGAUGGCAGUUCUAGUCAUCAACAAUGUCAAAACACUACAUCUCUUCGAUGUUCUUCCGAUUUCUUUCAACCAACACUUGAGAAGCGUCAAGACAUUUUUGGCAUCAUCACUAAACAGACACCUUUCAGACAUACAAUACUCCUACAUACGAUAUGCGUUAACAAUGAAAAAACCCGUAAGCUAGAGAUUCUAUUACUGUUUUAUUCAAAGGACAAGAGUAGUAGUUGGGGACGUUCUGUUACUAACAACAUUCCCACUAAUUUUCGGAUUAAGUAUAGUAGAUGUACCCGUUCGAAAUGUCUGAAUAUUCUGCCUCCGCAUUGUAUAAGAUUUUGUUCUUCAACGGUGAAUCACUCUUCUGCUAGAAGAAGCAGUUCCCGAAGGAAAUAUAUUAAUUGGUUUCGAGGUGCUUGUAAAACAGCUAUAGUCUCAGUCGGAGACUGCUCGAAGAGCAAAAUAUUAUCAUCUGUUCCAUUCUCAAAUCAAGAGUUUGUUCAGGGAGCGAAUCAAAAAGCUCCAUUAUCACGAUCCUUUAAUGUAUCCGAAGAAUGGGUUACGAAAAUAGAUUUCUAUGUGUUCUGGGAAAUAAUAAUCUCACAUAUUACACUAAAAUACCUGGCACUUCAAGCUGGUGCGAAGCACAUGAAGGACAUCCUGCGGAAAUGUAGAACACUAAAGGAAAUAACUAAAGAACACAUUCGGAGCGCUGUUUUAUAUCAUAGUCUCGUAAUUAUGUGGAAGAAUGGACACAAGUUAUUUUCAACAAACAACAGAACCACAAUAUCUUGCCCAUAUGGUUGA